AGUGCUUCCGGCGGCUGCGCUCGGGGCUGCGGCUGGCGCGCGCCACGGUGCGCGACUCGGCGCUGGCCGGCAGCCUGGCCGAGUGCGAGCUGCUGUGCCUGCGCGCGCGCUUCUUCCUCUGCCGCGCCUUCAGCUUCAGGUUCGGGCCCGGGCCGCAGGACGGCGGCCCCACGGGCGGCCCGCUGGACUCGUGCCUGCUGUCGGACUGGCCGGCGGCCGAGCUGGCGGCGGAGGGCCCGCGCGCGCUGGCCGAGGACCCGGCCGCCGAGCUCUACGAGCGGGGAAGCUUCGGCCUGGGCUGCGAGAUCGACCGCCCGCCCGCGCCCCACGGCCCGCACGACCACGGUGAGCGCCGGGAAGGCCUACGGACGCUUUUGUUUUGUUUGGUUUACUUUUAUUUAUUUA